GUGAGUGAUGGUGCUGGAGCAGUCCUCCUCAUGAAAAGAAGUUAGCUAUGCAGAAGGGACUUCCUAUUCUUGGUGUUUUCAGGAGUUUUGCUGCGGUUGGUGUGGAUCCCACUGUCAUGGGAGUAGGUCCAGCUGCUGCAAUUCCAGUAGCAGUGAAAUCUGCUGGUCUUGAGCUUGAUGAUAUUGAUCUGUUUGAGAUAAAUGAGGCAUUUGCAUCUCAAUAUGUUUAUUGUUGCAAGAAAUUGGAGCUUGAUCCUGAAAAAGUCAAUGUUAAUGGAGGCGCUAUUGCUCUAGGCCAUCCUUUAGGCGCUACAGGUGCUCGUUGUGUAGCAACUCUCCUGAAUGAAAUGAAGCGUCGUGGCAGGGAUCACCGCUUUGGUGUUAUCUCCAUGUGCAUAGGCUCAGGUAUGGGGGCUGCUGCAGUUUUUGAAAGAGGGGAUUCAGUUGAUGAGCUAUGCAACGCUAGAACUGUAUAAAGCAACAAUCUUGUGUCAAACGAUGCUAAAUAAACAAUUAUUUAAAGCAACAA